UUCCGGCCGCCGCCAAGAUGCCGAUGAAGGGCCGCUUCCCUGUGCGCCGGACUCUGCAGUACCUCAGCCAGGGCGACGUCGUGUUCAAGAGCUCGGUGAAGGUGAUGACCGUGAACUACAACACGGCAGGAGAGCUGAGCGAAGGCGCGAGAAAGUUCGUGUUUUUCAACAUCCCCCAGAUCCAGUACAAGAACCCUUGGGUGCAGAUCAUGCUGUUCAGGAACAUGACGCCCUCGCCCUUCCUCCGGUUCUACCUGGACAACGGAGAACAAGUUUUGGUUGACGUGGAAGAUAAAACCAACAAAGAGAUAACAGAGCACGUUAAAAAAAUCCUGGGAAAAAGCAAAGAAAUGCUUGAAAAAGAAGAAAGAGAAAAGAAAAAACUAUCACAUCCAGCAAACUUUGGGCCCAAGAAGUAUAAUCUGCGAGAAUGCAUGUGUGAGAUUGAAGGCCAAGUUCCCUGCCCUGCUUUUGUACCAUUGCCCAAAGAGAUGAGGGGAAAAUACAAAGCUGCUAUGAAAAAUGAGGCAUGAGCCUCAAGAUCUCAAGUCAUGCAGCUGUUUUUCCUCAGGCCUAGAAAAUGAAGCAGAGACAAGAAUUCAGUGAGAGACAAGAACCAACAGUUCCUGGGAACAGGAACAAGCAAGUUUAUUCAAUACAGACAACUGCCUUAUAAGUCUUCUUACAGCUACAACUAGAAUAAGUGAAAAAUAAAUAAAAGUUAAAACUGGCACCAAGAAAA